AUGGGUCCAGUUGUAGAUAGUAAUGAAGCUAUGCGGUGCGAGUACAUUUCAACAAUCUUACAUACGGCUGUAAGUAUUCUCAGUGACUUAGUAAUCACAUCUCAGGCGAAUAUAAUUGGUGAAGAAAACACAGGCUGUGUCGACUAUGCCAUCAAAAAAAUUAUCAGUGAGAUGCUGGAGGAAAUAAUUUGCAUAACUGAAGGCAAACAAAAUCAGGCGACUAUGGAUGAGAUAGAGCCUCAAAGCUCUGUUUUCUCGAAUACUAUUAAUCUGGUAUCAAAUGUAUAUGAGAUGACGGAUGAUGAAGAACAAGAUAACGAGGUCCCAGAGGGAUCCGAUCAGAAUAAUGUAUUGGUGGAAUCAACUACAUCUAUUCCAUUAGCCCAUGAUUCUAAUUCUUCUGAUAAUUCCAAGGAAGUCAGCCCAAGUAAUCCACUCGAAGCUGAUGGCGAUUUUUACAAAAUGCUUUUGAGAGAUUUUGAUAAGGAAGUUGAUUCCACACCCCAGAUGAUGAAUGAAAUUACGAGCUACAUGUUCUCUCUAUUAUCUAAAAUUCCGGCCAGAUACGCUUCUUCAAACAUAUUCUCUCUAUUACCUAAAAUCACAGCCAGAUGCAUUUCUAUAAAUGCAAGAAUGGAGGAUUCUAUGGGUAAUGUUUUCAAUGUAACCCUUUCUCAUUGGAACGUAAAUUUAAGCGCAGAAGAACUUAGGAAACAGAAUGCUAUAGUCCAAGAGUUAGCACUACGCAUGUUGAAAUCUCACCAUCACUAUACCAGUUCCUCUGUAUCAAGGAGAGCUAUAGCGAAGAGAACUGUAGAGGAGAGAACCACACCUAAGAAAACCAUAGUGAAGAGGAGAAGCGUUAGAAUUAAAACAUGA